AGAAUCGUGACUUUGACACUCCAAUAAGGUGCAGCAGUUGUCACAUACAUUAAAUCAAGCGCUCUGCGUCUGCUCCAGGGAAUCAGACACAGAAAGGGUUAAAAAGGGGGGAGGAUGCAAAAUGGCUUGAAGACAGCAGAGUGUGUGAGGGAGGAAGACAAGCACAGGGAAGCUGAGCGAGGGACAUAAUACGCAUCAUGCUGGAGAAAAGGGCUUGAAGUGAGCCUCUUUUUGUGUGUCUCUCUCCAACCUUCUUCCUUUCUACAGCACCUUACCCCUAUUCGGCACUUUUAUUGUGAGCAUUUGGCUAAGUGCCUCCGCGGCUGCGGUCAGAUUGAUGGUGAGUGCAGUGCACCAGGGCUGCAUUCAAAUCGUGAACGCUGAAGAGUGAGUAAGGACUUUGCUGAGAACUCCUGCCAAAGAGAGAGUGAAAAAAGCGAGACUAGAAAAGUCAUCGGUUGAACACACCGGGACUCAGUGUGGUCCUGGGAGAGAGUUGUAAGCCGUAGAGGUAAGAUGAAUUUAAACAAUGGUCAAACUCUGACCAUCACUGGACAGGAUUUGACCAAGGAUGGCAGCAGCAAAAGCAGUCAAGCCCCCUGGGAAGAUGCUAGGACAGUUUUGAGGCCAUCCACCCCGAGCAGGAAACCCAAACCACCAAAGCCAGAGAAUGCCAUCACCAUCGCCGUGUCGUCCCGAGUCCUCUUCAACAUGGAGAAGGAGCAGCAGAUCUACGAGCAGCAAGGCAUGGAAGAGUACAUCAAGUAUCAGGUGGAGCAUGAAACGGAGCCUUUCAGCCCCGGACCUGCCUUCUCCUUUGUCAAGGCUCUGGAGGCAGUGAACACUCAGCUGAGGGAGCUGUACCCCGAGAGCGAGGAGCUGUUUGAUGUGGUGCUCAUGACCAACAACCACGCAUAUGUUGGGCUACGGCUCAUCAAUACCAUCAAUCACCACCAGCUGUUCAUCGAGCGCUUCUGUAUGACUGGAGGAAACAGUCCCAUCGGCUACCUGAAGGCCUACCACACCAACCUUUACUUGUCUGCUGACUCAGCCAAGGUUCGUGAGGCUCUGGAGGAGGGUAUCGCAGCAGCCACCAUGUUCACCCCAGAGAAGAUGAAGGAAGUUUCUGAGACUCAGUUGCGUGUCGCCUUCGAUGGUGACGCAGUGCUCUUCUCAGACGAGUCUGAGCGCAUUUACAAGGCCCACGGACUGGACAAGUUCUUUGAGCACGAGAAGGCCCACGAAAACAAGCUUCUGGACCAUGGGCCACUCAAGGGCUUCCUGGAGGCUUUAGGAAAGCUACAGAAGAAGUUUUACGGAAAAGGGCAGCGCAUGGACUGCCCCAUCCGGACCUACCUGGUGACGGCUCGCAGCGCAGCCAGCUCUGGCACCAGAGCCCUGAAAACUCUUCGCUCAUGGGGCCUGGAGAUCGACGAGGCUCUCUUUCUGGCUGGGGCACCCAAGGGCCCAAUGCUGGAGAAGAUCCGGCCUCAUAUUUUCUUCGAUGACCAGAUGUUUCACGUGGAGGGGGCGGCGGAGAUGGGGACGGUGGCGUGCCACGUGCCCUACGGGAUAGCUCAGAGAGUUGCAAAGAAAAAGGACAAAGAGACGUCUCCCACUCUCAAGUAGCUGCAACGUUCCUGUGCAGACACUCAGGAAAUUUAAUGGACUUUUAAUUUGGCAUCUGGCAGCAGGAUUUUAAAACUGCUCGAAAAUGAAUUACACGUUCAAUUGAAAUGAAAUGAUACCCCAGUUGAUGCAAUAUCGUAGCAUUACAUUAAUAAAAAAUCCUUUUGAACUCUCUAAUGACAAUGAAAAUGUUAUUAUAGUUUAUCUAUGAACAGUUUAUUUCAGCUGCGAUAAAUUAAUAUAUUAUUUGUUUGUGCACCAAAAAGAUCCCAUUUUUUUUAUGCACUGAUGUUUUGAUCAACACCUGUGAACACUGCCCUCUUUGAAAAGACAAAAAACAGAAUUAAAACAAAGAAUUCAAAAUGAGAAAAAAAGAGAAAUCUAAGAAAACAUCUACAAAUUUUAAACAAUAUUUUACCAUAUUCAGACACCAGGUCACCACCAAUCAAAUGAAGACUAUUUUUGAUAAUAAGUUGAAUUUUAUGUUAGAGAGGUUUUAAAACUGGUGCCUUUUCUUCACUGAUGUUAUAGCAUAUUUUCUGCACGUGGUUGGAAUCAGUGUGUCGUAUAUGUGGGGGAUUGAUAUGAAUGAAUUUAACAUUACAAAUUAAGUGUAUUAGAACAUUUUAAUAUGUUUCUUUAUAUUUAUUUAAUGUGUGUUUUUGUUCAAGACAAAAAAAAUAGUUUGAACUCUCAUGUGAAAAUUUAAUUUGUUAUGUGUGUUGCUAAAAAUGCCAAACGUUCAGUGUAUGUGAUUUCACUGCCUGUCUGUCUAAUGUUGUCAUGAUGAUGGGAUGGGAAUGAGUGGGAAAUAAUGACUAAAACUGGUACUAAUGAGUAAA